AUGGUAGCUGUCCACAUCAAUGAUCAAGUUUUCAAGCGGGUCUCUUUCAAAGAGGAUGCCCUGGCAACGGUGCACUACAUCCCGUCCUUGGACAGCCUUCCUAUCCGUGACAUGUUUUACGACAGCGAUGACUACGAACGAUUCCUCUGGGAACGAAACAUGGAAAUCCAACGAGAUAUGCGCAAGAAAGUACACGCCUCUGGUUACAGAAGGUCCACGCGACGAUCCAGCCUUGAUCUCAUGAUGACAGCAGCCCCAACCCCCAAGUCGGCAGGACCAAGGCAAUAUUAUCGUCCUCGCGAUCCAGUUCGAACACCAGCACCAAACGGGCGUAGCUAUCCUCGGAAGGGCGCUCAAGGCACUGGAAUGGCCCUUGCUGCCUAG